AUGGUUGAUGAAAUUAAUCAAUCAAUCGAUAUCGUUAUUCCAUGGAUGAAUGACGUUGAUGAAAAUGAAACUGAAGAUGAAAAAAUAAUUCAUAUAGGUGGAUAUAAAACCAAUGGACGUUCGUUGUAUCUAAUCAAACGAAGAAACGAUAUUGACUUUAUUCGAAAACAAUUUGCAGAGAAAAAUCAUCUAUUAUUAAAAACAUUUAAUACAUAUGCGUAUUAUUCAUGUGACAUCACUGAAAUGCAACACAAAGUACUUCAACAUAUGAUAAAUACAGGUGCUUAUUCGUUCAUCAUGGAAUUCAAUUACACAAAUCAAUAUAAUAUUGAAGAAGAGUAUUUAAAUAUUAUGGACAAACGAAUAACAUUUAUAUUGAAUAAUUUAUUAAAUAAUCAAUCGAUUACACUUUUACAAAGGAAAAAGAUGAAAGCGAAUCUAAAUGGAAGACGACUGGAUUCACUUUAUUUUCUACCUAAUACACGCAAAGAAAAUGUUCCAUUUCAUCCCGUGACGAAUUGUCGUCAUGGUUUAACAAUGAAAAUUUCUCGCUUUCUCACUCAUCUUCUUCAACCUAUUUAUGAUCGAGCAACUCACUUGAAGACAUUCAAUACAAGUGCUGAUGUCAUCGAUGCUGUGGAGGAAUAUAACAAGAAAGGUUUUCUUCAAUCAAAAACUCUAUUUGUCAAUUUAUAUAUCCAUGAUUUAUGCACUAUCUUUCCAUAUGAACCCACGGUUGAAGCAUUACAACGUUUUCUUCAUAAAUAUAUAAUAGAUGGACGAAUUCAAGGCAUACUUAUACAAUCGAUCAUUGAUCUUGUUCGACUUUUUCUUGAAAAUCAAUAUAUUCUCUAUGAAAAUAAACUCUAUCAACAAAUUCGAGGAAGUAGUUUUAAUUCACCAUUGACAACACUAUUAGCGAACAUCUACAUAUAUGAUUGGCAACAAGAGUUAGUAGCAAAUUUAGACAAGAAAAAUGAAAUCUAUGGCAGAUGUUUCGAUGAGAUAUUCUUUACGUGGAAUGAAUCAAAAGAUAAAUUUAAUGAUCUACUCAAUACAAUUAAUAGACCAUAUCCUGAUAUGAAAAUGGCAAUAAACAUUAAUGACAAUAUCAAUUAUCUCGAUGUCAACAUCAGUCAUAUAGAUGGCAAUUUGAAAUUUCAAGUUGCUCAUGAUUUAAACACUGAUCCAUAUUCAUUGCCUUAUGUAUUCGGUCAUCAAUCACAUGACUAUUCUACAUUACCCCGAGCAGUUCUUAUUCGAGCAAUACAAUGCUAUGCAAUUGUGUCUGACUUUGCAAACGAACUCGAAGAUAUUCAAUUAUCAUUUCAAUAUAACAGAUUCGAAAAGAAUUUUUUCAAAAAUAAAUUUGAAAGAUUUCUUAAAGAAUUCAAUGCAACUGAACUAAAUAAGAUUCACUAUGGUGAAGCAUAUUAUGAUCAAUCGGCUUACGAUUCUCUUCGUCGAAAUGUGUUUAAUUAUAAUCAAGGACUAAAAAAAGCUAAAAUCAAACGAUGUCAACGACAAACAAUCCAAUAUCGAUGGCCACGUUCAUAG